UUGAAGCACCGAACUAGUGAAAUGGCGUCACAACUAGAGCCAUGGAACUACCUUGCUGGAAAAGUUGUUAUGGUCACCGGUGCUUCGUCCGGCCUCGGCCGUGACUUCUGCCUCGACCUUGCUCGGGCGGGAUGCCGGAUCGUCGCAGCAGCUCGCCGCGUUGAUCGGCUGAAGUCCCUUUGUGAGGAGAUCAACGGAAUGACGACGCCCCCGGGUGGAGGCAGUACCAACGGGGGCCUCCGAGCAGCUGCAGCGGAGCUUGACAUUACUGCCGACGGCGCGACCAUCGAGAAGUACGUGGAGAAUGCAUGGAAUGCAUUUGGCCGUAUUGAUGCGUUGAUCAACAACGCUGGUGUUAGAGGAAAUGUGAAACCGGCCUUGGAAUUACCUGAGGAGGAAUGGAAUCAAGUGUUCAAAACUAACGUAACUGGGACGUGGUUAGUGUCAAAAUAUGUAUGCCUACGCAUGCGCGCUGCUAAGAUAAACGGAUCCAUUAUCAAUAUCUCGUCAAUUUCUGGUGAAAACAGAGGUCAGGUGCCAGGGGGUGUUGCCUAUGCUUCUUCAAAGGCAGGUGUUAAUAUGCUUACCAAGGUUAUGGCAUUGGAGCUAGGAGUACACAAAAUUAGAGUGAAUUCUAUAUCACCUGGACUUUUCAAAUCUGAAAUCACUGAAAAAUUAAUGGAGAAAGAUUGGCUGAACAAAGUGGCCGUAAAAACAGUACCUUUGAGGACAUUUGGCACUUCGGAUCCAGCAUUAACAACACUUGUUCGUUACUUAACUCAUAAUUCUUCUGCUUAUGUGACCGGUAACAAUUUUAUUGUUGAUGCUGGAAACUCCUUGCCAGGUGUACCUAUUUAUUCGUCUUUAUGAUUAUUGUAUGGGAAAAUCUGGGAUAAAAUUUCCUCUGUAAAAGUUUAUUGUUGUAAUAAGGUUGAUUAUGUGGAUGUAUUUUUAAAAGAGAAUAAAUUUAAUAAUAUUGAAAAUA